UCACAAGAUGGCGGCCCGGAGCGGGAGUGGGGAGCGGGCCCGGAGAGGGCGGCAGGGAGCCCGGCUCCAGGCUCCGGCCCAGGCCGGGGACAGCGGCCUUUGCCGGGGCUGCCUGAGCCGAGUGGUGCCCAAGGCCGGGAUAGGCCUCAGCCUGGGCCUCGCCUGCCCGCUCUGCCGCCGCACCGACAGCGACAGCAGCCGGGCCCGGGCCGCCGCCGCCGCCGCGCCGCUCUGGCAGCAGCGGGGCCGCAGGAGGAAGCAGCAGGGCCGGAGGAGGCAGAAAGAGGAGGCGGCGGAGCAGCGGCUGGAGCCUGAGCCUGUGUUCCGUGCUCCCCUGGUGCUGAGUAAAGCAGGCGAUGUCCGGGAGGGGUUUGAGAACCAACUCCGACAGUACGAGGCGGAGAAGGAGAGCUUGAAGGAAGAUGAUGAGACGGUCACGGCGGAAAUAAUUCAGAUUAUUCUGGCCGAGGGGGAGCAAGAGAAGCAACAAACGGAGAAAAAGAAAACGAUCGUGGAGCAAAUGAAGAGGGACGAGGAGCUGGCGAGAAAAUGGAGUCGCGAAUUUGCCACUGACAACAUGUCUGAUUCAGAGAACGAGGAGCCAGUCAAACGCAUGACCACCCGACAGUGGGGUUCAGGAGCCAACAACAAGCUGAGUUCCAAUACUUCUGGUCGAUUUAUAAGUAUGCUGAGUGGCAACACAGAAGAGAAUCGAAGUUGGAGCACUCCAGUGGAAAAUGACCAGAACCGAAGACCGACCCCUCGCAGUGACAGCAGAACCAAGGCAGCGUCAGUUUCCGCCAAUUCACUCGGCACCAACAACGUAAUCAACAUCCUGGCGUCCUCCGAAAACAGCCGCUCCAACUCUGCCCCCAACCUGAGCUCGGAGAAGCGGCCCCCGAGCGACACAGCGCCGUCGGGCCCAGGCAAGAGGGAGCGGUCAGCCAGCCCCGACAGCAAUGACAGCAUCUCUGGGGAGUUUAACCAUUUCAAGCCCAUCAUCUGCUCACCCUGCACCCCUCCCAAGAAACUGCCAGAUGGGAGAGUGAUGAAACCCAAAAUUGUCAAGUCCACCCCCCGGAACCUGGGCUGCGGCUUCCACAAACCAACCACCACCACGUAUGACGUGAACCCCAAUCUCCUGGAGAAGUGGGGCCAGAUCCUACAGGACCGUCAUGAGGCGAAGAUGGCUUCCAAAAGCACCCUGACCUUGGAGGAGGAGGACGGGGAGAGCAUGGGUGAAGAUGCUGCUGACAGGCUGGUGACAGGGAGUGAGGUCACUGGGAUGGAGUUGGCUCCACCCUCCUCCCCCAGGAGACCCGGCUAUUUAGACUCGCUAAGUUCUCUCCGGCCCAUGGACUAUUCGGAAUCUGGUGAGCUCCCGGAAUCCAGCCUCGAGGUUUCCCAGGGGUCGAACCACUUCAUGGACAGCGAUGUGGAGUCGAGCGUGGCCUGGCGAGAGGAUGCAGGGCAGGAGAAUGGGCCUCGCCUUGACCCCAGCGGCUCGAUUCCCGCCCACACUGAGUCGAAGCACAGCACAGGACUCGUCAGCUCCGGAAGUGGAUCAAAGGGCUCAUCCUCCCAACCGCACCGUGGCAGGAAGAGGCACCACAAGACCAAGCACACGGCAGUGCCCAGAAUCAAACGGGCAAAAUGGAACCCGCCAGGGGACACCAGCAGCACCAAUGUGGCAUCUCCCACUUCUCUGGACCACAGGCGGCAGGAGGAGGAAGACCGGAAGGUGGCGCUCCGGCUGCAGCGACGGUUCGAUUUGGAGCGGACCACGGUUAACCGACAGAAGGGCAGUAAGGACGGUUACACACUGCGGACAAAGACCAACUCCAGAGCAAAGUAGCUGGACUGGGAUGUUUUAUCCCCUCUCUCUGCUCUGCUUUGCUCGUGGCAUCUUGCCUCCUGCUCCCAGUCUGUGAUGUGCAGCCCAUACAGGAAUAAUACAGUCCUUCAGUUCCUGCUG